AUGAAAGAUCUCGAUUCUCUUAGCUACUUCUUGGGCUUAGAGGUGUCCCCUACCUCUAAUGGCUACUCUUUGACCCAAGCCAAGUAUGCUUCUGACCUUCUCACACCUGCUGGUCUCACAGAUUGUAAGAUAGCUGAUAGUCCGCUGGAGCCCAACAUUAAACUCCGUCCUACUGAUAGGGAGCUCCUUCCCGAUACCACUCGUUAUCGACAGCUUGUUGAGAGUUUGAUUUAUUUCACUAUCACUAGACCAGACAUUGCCUAUGCAGUGCACCUUGUUAGUCAGUUUAUGUCGACUCCUCGCUCCAUUCACUAUGCAGCUCUUCUUCGCAUCCUACGCUAUGCGAAGGGAACAUUAUUUCACGAGCUUCAUUUUUCCUCUCACUCAUUCUUGACGUUGCAGGUUUAUUCUGAUGUUGAUUGGGCAAGGGACCCUUUUGAUCACAGAUCCACCACUGGUUUCCUUUUUUUACUUGGUGACUCUCUUAUCUCUUGGAGGAGCAAAAAACAGACUGUUGUUGCUCGCUCUAGCACUAAGGCUAAGUAUCGGGCCCUUGGCGAUACUACUUCUGAACUUCUUUGGCUUCAUUGGCUUCUCCAAGAUAUGGGUGUUCCUCAGCCCUCGGGCACUCCGCUUUAUUGUGACAAUCAUAGUGUUGUCCAAAUUACUCAUAAUGAUGUCUUUCAUGAACACACCAAACACAUCGAGAUCGACUUUCAUUUUGUGCAUCAUCAUUUUCAAGAGGGAACACUUCGCUUCUUGUCAAUUCCUUCGGCUGAUCAAUUGGCUGAUAUCUUCGCAAAGGCUCAUCCACCUAGUCACCAUCGUGCUUUAGUUUGUAAACUCUAG